AUGCUGAUUAAGUGAACGCUGCAGUUCACAGAAGAAAGCUGCUCAGUGAGCGGAGAUAGUGGAUGUUUUUACCUGACAGGACGCUGUUAAUAUAAUGGACUGAGAGAGAGGCUGUGCUCGGAACAACACUCAGCAGCUCUUCUUCUUCUCCAGUUAAAGAACGAUUUGUGUGUGAGGAGAGGAGCCAGAACACCGCAGCAAACAUAGGUGGAGAGGUUUUUUCAACUGUCACAAGAUGGACGAGCUAUCUGACUAUUUAAGGUCACGACAUGUGCCUGAGGAAGACAUACAGCGAAUGGAACAGGAGAUGAUGGAUUCCAGUGUCAUAACUCUCAUGACAGAUGACCAGCUGAGAGAGUAUCUGCCAUCCUAUGGUGAUCGACUGGCUGUUUUUGGAUACUGUAGACGGAAGGAAAAAGAACCCACCCAAGUCAAAGCUCUUUGAGCGACUUAGAGGAAAGCUCUCAAGAAACAAAGACCAGGAGAAAGCAGGUGAGGAACCAACCUAGGAGAUAUCAUCCCUCGAGGAUUGGAACAGAUCAUCCAGUGCAUCACAUUGAGAGAUCCUCAGAUUCAGAUCCAGCACCCAACGACUCAGUGCAGGACAAAAAUGAAGAAGGGGUCCGUCCCGAGCUCUCUCCACCAUGUCGCUCUCUGUUCGCCCCGCCAGACGCCUCACCUCCAGAUCCAUCACUAGGAGCCAGAGCUUCACUGGAGUCAACACCAACGACAAGCCUUACAGGAGCCUCUCAGUGUUCAGCACUCCAGGCGUUAGCAGGAAGCCCAGCAGAGCCAGCAGGAUGUUCACCAUGUCCACCAAGUCCAACCCUCCACCCAAAGUCCCCCAACCAGAGAGACUUGAUCAGGUCUAUGAGGUGCUGAAAAAAGGCCUUCACUCUUACCUACAGGUCCAUCAGAUGGACUCGGACAGCCUCAGCCGACAGAUGAAAGAAUCAAAGAGGAACUCCAGACUGGGUUUCCUGUAUGAGCUGGACAAGCAAGUGAAGGUGACAGAACGGUAUAUCAGACGACUGGAGUUCCACCUCAGCAAGAUCGAGGAGCUCUACGAAGCGUACUGCCUGCAGAGGAGACUCAGAGACGGAGCGAACAAGAUGGUGAAGGCUUACACCACCUCUGUGAGCAGCAAGGAGGCCAAGGAGAGUCUAGCAGAAGCCAAUAAAGGAUACAAAGAGUACACAGAGAACAUGUGCUUGUUGGAGAACGACUUGGAGAACCAUCUGGGGGAGUUCCACAUUAAGAUGAAAGGGCUGGCUGGAUUCGCUAGAUUAUGUGCUGGAGACCAGUAUGAGAUCUUUAUGAGGUACGGUCGGCAGCGGUGGAAGCUCCGAGGCAGGAUCGAGCUGAACGGCAGACAGGUGUGGGACAGCGAGGACAUGGUGUUCCUGCCGCUCGUCAGCGACUUCCUCUCUGUGAAGGUGACAGAGCUGAAGAGCUUAGCCAAUCACGUGGUUGUAGGAAGUGUUUCCUGCGAGACAAAGGACCUGUUUGCUGCACUCCCCCAGACGGUUGCCGUGGAUAUUAAUGAUCUUGGGACUAUUAAGCUGAGCCUGGAAGUCACCUGGAAUCCAUUUGAUAAAGAUGACAUGGGGUCAGUGGCCAGCACCAUCACCAAAGCUCCCACCAUCAGUAAGAGACUCUCCACCAUCUUCAACCAGAGCCCGCCGGACACACCCUCUCUACGAGAACAGGCCUUCUAUAACAUGCUGCGGCGUCAUGAGGACAUGGAGAACGGAACAGCGUGGUCCAACUCCUCUGAGUCUUCUGAUGACUCCUCCAGUCCUCGGCUGUCUGUGGGGGGGCUACGCACCUCUACGCAUCAUAAGGUAACACACAACGUGUACCCGUGUUUGUAUCUUUAAUAUAAUUGAAUCUAC